AACGAGAGACGGUACGAGUCGGGGGCGUUGCAUCGACGGACAUAUAACAACUGUGCGACGAAUCAUUUUACACAUUUAUGCCUACAUUUUCCGUUGAGCAGCACGAUAAAGCAAAAAUGAAAACUUCAGAAUUGAUUAUUUGUAUCACUUCAGUAUUGUUGAUAGUGCUGAUGGUUAGUGAAGGCUCACCAGCACAAAAAUGGCGCCCACAAGGACGAUUUGGAAAAAGAACGAACGAAAUAAAUAACAACCCCUUGUGGAUGAUUCUCUCUUCUUCGAAUAACAAUAACGAUGAAGCAUUAACUUAUGUUACUGGAGAAAAACCUGUGCGUCUCGACAAUCUACUGUGUGUAUCUAUUGGAUUAAAAAACGCUUAUAAAUGUACUCGAUUCCAGGGACUUAGUGAAGAAAUCUGGAAAUUGGCGGCUAGGAUUCCAGAAUAUUGAACUGGGUCUGAAUCAUAAAAUAUGACUAGCCCAAUCAUAAAAGACGCAGCACUUGUUUCAGAUAUAUUUCUUUUCAAUAACUAUUACACAUCAAUCCUCUAAAGUUUCGACAAUGGAAUUUCAACAAUUCAGGAAUGUGUGAAUAAACUAUAAUUAUUUACUAAUGGUCUUAUUUGUCUGGUCUCCGACUGGAGACAAUAUCAGAAUAUUCUUAAUGUUAAGAUCAUUUUCAUGAAUCUAAUUCCAUCGUUUCGUUGACAAAUUAUAUUUUAUUAGAAUGAAGAAUAAAAAUAAUAUAGAAAAAAUUUCCUCUCUUUUCUUUGCAAAUAUUUGUCUUUGGACCAGCUCUCAUGAAUCUAACUCCAUUGUUUCGUUAAUAAACUAUAUUUUAUUAGAAUGAAAAAUAAAAUGAUAUAGAAAAUUUC